GAUGCGCUAGGGCAGAAAAGGGGAUUACUCACUUGGUGCCUCAUUUCGUAUCUCUCUCUCGCUCUCUCUUUCUCUCCCCGUUGGUGAAGCUGUGACCGAAGGUAACGAGGAAGGCCAGCUAUGGAUAUCAGCGAAGAUGUUCGGACGUCUCACAAGCGAGAAUUCAUGGCCUUCUUGGAGCAGAAUAUAUACACCGACGAAAUCAAGGCCAUGAUCAACCACAAGCGUCGCCGCCUCAUCAUCAACGUCUCCGAUCUCCACUCCUUCCGUGGUCUCGGCCAUAGGAUACUAAGAAACCCGGGCGAGUAUAUGCAGGCGUUUUGUGACGCGGUUACUGACAUUGCUCGGAGCAUUGACCCCAAGUACUUGAAAGAAGGGGAACAGGUUCUGGUGGGUUUUGAAGGCCCUUUUGUAUCUCGCCGUGUCACUCCCAGAGAGCUUCUCUCUGAAUUCAUUGGCUCCAUGGUCUGCGUUGAAGGCAUUGUCACCAAAUGCUCUCUUGUAAGGCCGAAGGUUGUUAAGAGUGUUCACUUCUGCCCUUCAACUGGUAACUUCACCACUCGUGAAUAUCGAGACAUCACGUCCAACAUGGGUUUGCCCACUGGUUCUGUCUAUCCUACAAGGGAUGAGAGUGGCAAUUUGCUAGUGACUGAGUACGGAAUGUGCAAAUACAAAGAUCAUCAAACCAUAUCAAUUCAAGAAGUGCCUGAGAAUUCUGCCCCUGGUCAGCUUCCAAGAACUGUUGAUGCCAUAGUUGAGGAUGACCUUGUUGAUUCAUGCAAGCCAGGGGACCGUGUGGCUAUUGUUGGUAUAUACAAAGCUCUUCCUGGGAAAAGCAAGGGAAGUGUCAAUGGAGUUUUCAGGACUGUUCUCAUAGCUAAUAAUGUCAAUCUUCUCAACAAAGAGGCAAAUGCACCAAUAUACAGCCCCGAGGACCUGAAGAACAUUAAGAAGAUAGCUGAGAGGGAGGAUGUAUUUGAACUACUCGGUAAUUCACUUGCACCUUCGAUCUAUGGGCAUUCAUGGAUUAAGAAAGCAGUGAUUUUAUUGAUGCUUGGUGGAGUGGAAAAGAACUUGAAGAAUGGAACCCACUUACGAGGGGAUAUUAACAUGAUGAUGGUUGGUGAUCCCUCAGUUGCCAAGUCUCAACUUUUAAGAGCAAUCAUGAAUAUUGCUCCCUUGGCCAUAUCCACAACUGGUCGUGGUUCAUCUGGCGUUGGCUUGACUGCUGCUGUUACAUCCGAUCAGGAAACAGGAGAAAGAAGGCUUGAAGCCGGUGCAAUGGUUCUUGGUGAUAGAGGUGUUGUCUGCAUUGACGAGUUCGACAAGAUGAACGAUAUAGAUCGUGUUGCUAUACAUGAAGUUAUGGAGCAGCAGACUGUUACUAUUGCCAAAGCUGGUAUCCAUGCAUCACUAAAUGCUAGAUGUAGUGUAGUGGCUGCUGCAAACCCCAUAUAUGGAACGUAUGAUCGCUCAUUGACUCCAACAAAGAAUAUUGGACUUCCUGAUUCUUUGCUUUCUCGAUUUGAUUUGCUAUUCAUAGUGUUGGAUCAAAUGGAUCCAGAUAUUGACCGCCACAUUUCAGAGCAUGUAUUGCGAAUGCAUCGAUUCCGAUCUGCAAUCGAUGGAGGCGAAGCAACACUUGAUGGGAGUUCAAGAUAUGGAAGAGAAGAUGAAGCUGAUGCCGAUUCUGUCUUUGUGAAGUAUAAUAGAAUGCUGCAUGGGAAGAAAACAGAUAGGGGUCGGAAGCGUGACACUCUUACAAUUAAGUUUCUGAAAAAGUAUAUUCACUAUGCAAAGCAUAGGAUUCAGCCUGAGCUAACAGAUGAGGCAUCUGAAAACAUUGCGACAGCUUAUGCAGAGCUAAGAAAUACUAGUUCAGAUGCAAAGACUGGAGGAACACUCCCGAUUACUGCCAGAACUUUAGAAACCAUUAUCCGGCUCUCCACCGCUCAUGCCAAAUUGAAGUUGAACAGAAAGGUUGUAAAGUCCGAUGUUGAAGCUGCCCUGAAAGUUUUGAAUUUUGCAAUAUAUCACAAAGAAUUGAGCGAUAUGGAGGAACGUGAACAAGAAAGGGAGAGGGAAUUGGAGAGGACGCGCAAAGCAGACCGUCGUGCUGAUAGAAAUAAUAGAGCUGAGCGUGAUACUGCUGAUAACGAAGGUUCACUAGUAGAAGCUAUGGAAGUAGAUGAUCCUCCUGCUGCGCAAGCACCUACAGAGAUAUCUUCUGAAAGAAUUGAAGCAUUUAAUUCAGCGUUGAGCCGGGUAUUUAGCCAGCGUAGAAGUCAGGAAGGUGGUAUAGCCAUUGAUGAUAUAGAAAAGGAUAUCAACACUGGAGAUCUGCAUUACUCAAGGGCAGAGAUAAUGACCCUGCUAGAGAAACUACAUGAUGAUAAUAAAGUUAUGAUACACAACGGAAAGGUGAUAAGGAUGUAAUGAGUUGGAGUAGCAGCAUCCAUCUCAUUUUGCAGCAAUAUGAGCAGCAGAUGAAUUCAAGGGAGACAUGUUUGUCAGCACCGAUGCACGCGGAGGUGAAGAUGUCAUUUCAUAUUCUAGGCUGCAUUGUUGUUUACCUACCUGCUGUUGAAGGAAGCUGAAUGCUAGUGUAGAAAAUUACCAUUGCUUAACUUAGUAAGUUGUGCCAUUUUAAUCAGAAUCAUUCCUACUGUAACUCAUAUACCAUACAAUCGUCGCGCUCCUUAUUUAAAAUCUUGCAGUUCUUGUCACUAGCA